UCUGGAAAGCUAGGGGUGAGUCCCUUCCAUGCCGACCCAAUGGCAGUGCAGGCGGAGAGCCGUGCUGGCUGGCGAUUGGCUGCCUCCAGUGCCUCUGUCAUUGGCCGAUGGCGGAGACGGAAGCGUCCCAUGGGCCCGAGCUGCCGGAGCUCGGCCGGGGCGAUGUGGAGCGCGGGCCGCGGCCGAGCUGCCGGACCGGCGCUUGUAGGGCUGCUGCUGACUCUCUUGGUGCCAGGCAGCGGUGCCGCCAAGACCGGCGCGGGACUCGUGACCUGCGGGUCGGUGCUGAAGCUGUUCAACACGCAGCACAGGGUGCGGCUGCACUCGCACGAUAUCAAAUACGGAUCCGGCAGCGGCCAACAGUCGGUGACUGGCGUGGAGGCGUCUGACGACGCCAAUAGCUACUGGCGGAUCCGUGGCGGCUCGGAGGGCGGGUGCCCGCGUGGGUCCCCGGUGCGCUGCGGGCAGGCGGUUCGGCUCACGCACGUGCUCACCGGUAAGAACCUACACACGCACCACUUUCCGUCGCCGCUGUCCAAUAACCAGGAGGUGAGCGCCUUUGGGGAAGACGGUGAGGGUGACGACCUGGACCUGUGGACCGUGCGCUGCUCAGGGCAGCACUGGGAGCGAGAGGCUGCCGUGCGCUUCCAGCACGUGGGCACCUCCGUGUUCCUGUCGGUUACCGGGGAGCAGUACGGGAGCCCCAUCCGUGGGCAGCACGAAGUGCAUGGUAUGUCCAGUGCCAAUACACACAAUACGUGGAAGGCCAUGGAAGGCAUCUUCAUCAAACCCAGUGUGGAUCCCUCUGCGGGUCACGAUGAACUCUGAGUGCCAUGGAUGGGUGGAUGGAGGGCAGAAGGGUGGGGCAUCUACAGGACCACUCUUGGUGGAGACUUUGGGUUUGUAGGGGUUUUCAAGUGCCUUUGUGAUUAAAGAAUGUUAGUCUGUGA